CCGUGGUUCAGUUCCGCGUCACACAAUGGCGCACCAAUCGCAUUACGAAGGAGUCUGUGGAGUUGAAUGCAACGAUCAAUCUUGUGGAUCUUGCCGGGAGUGAGCGACAGAAGACAGCCAAGACGGACGGAAAGAGUCGUGACGAGGGCAUUCAAAUCAACCAGUCUCUUGCUACGCUGGCACGUGUCAUAAAUGACAUUUCACGCGGGGCAAAAUACGUGAACUACCGUGAUUCGUUGCUGACGAUGGUGUUGAAGGACAACUUGGGCGGCAACAGCAAAACGUUUAUGAUUGCCACGAUUGCCCCUGUCUCGUUUUGUUAUCAAGAGUCAUGCGCCACACUUCAGUACGCGAAGGAUGUUCGUAAGAUUCGUAACCGUCCUACAGUAAACAGGACAUUUCAAACACGUUCCAAUUUACUGGAAUUAAAUGCACGGCUCAAGGAAGAAAAUGAGCAGCUGAAGCGUCAUGUAGAAUUUCUCACGAACAAAUGUAACGCGGACAUGUAUGACGCAGAAUCCAAUGCUGAGGAUGUUACUCUUACGCUGGAGAAGGCAACUGGCAUGACGAAGGGAUGCGGUGCUGUUUCAAUGAGGCAAGGAAAAGACACCGCGAUGGAAGCAGUCAUUGCCGCCCCUGCUGUGGGAGCUUCACCUUUGGUUAUCACGGCGCACCGAAAGUACGCCAGCGUGGGUGGAAUUGGUGGCUCGUGCCUGCAGGGCGGCUGUGUCGGGGUCACAUCGCUCACGAAGGAGAUUGUACAAUUCCGCAUUGCGGAAAUGUUGGGCCGUGCGCAAAAGUCAGACGCUCAGCCGCGGGAGGGAGAUCAUGAGUUAGGUAACAAAGUAGACUAUGGCGUCAUUGAAUUUGAACUUGUUUUGCAGCGGUCAUGUGAGCAGCGGUACUGGAUGCGACACAUUCCAUCCGAUGACGCCGAUGCAGGUUUAAGCGAUGCGGUAGAGUGUCAUGUCAACGGAUUCAGAUUGAAGAGUGGGGAACGUCGACAGCUGCAGCACGGGGAUGUCGUGAGUGUCUUUUUUGACGGUUUGGACGAUGGCUCCGAGCAGGAUUUGUUAACAUUCCAUUAUGUGGACAUCAACUCUCUCUCGCGCGGUGGCAAUUCUGGUGCUGGCGUCACAACAGGUGAU